UAGUUGCAAUAACAUUAAUUACUGCAAUAACAUUAAUUACCGCAAUUACAUUAAGAACAUUAGUUUAGUAGUUUUUGAACACUAUAGCAAGAUGUUUGCGUUUGUGUUGUUUGCAACAAUUUUGUUAAUAUGGGUUCUCAGCAAGUUAAUGGCGUACCGUCGAUAUACGGCAAAAUUAGAUAUUGUCCCACAAUUCAAAGGACUGCCUCUCAUCGGAAUUGCGCAUAAAUUAAUUGAUGUAAACAAGGCAGUACAGAUUGGAUUAGACUUGUUUAAACAAUGCGGACGUAGUCAUACUCUUUACAUCGGACCAAUACCGUAUUUGAUUGUGUGCGAUCCGGAGCUGGCUGAAGUGAUUUUGAGUUCUAAUGUCUUAAUAGACAAAAAUUAUGAAUACAAGUUUACAAGUGCCUGGUUUGGAGAUGGCUUAUUAACAAGCACUGGCGAAAAAUGGAAAAGCCACCGAAAAAUAUUAACUCCAAGUUUUCAUUAUUCCAUCUUGGAAGAGUUUGUUCAAACAUUCGAUAAGGCUAGUAAAGUUUUAGUGCAAAAACUAGAAAAAGAAGUUGAAAACAAAAAUCCUUCUGUUGAUAUUUACAAAUAUCUUACUUUAUGUACAUUGGAUAUCAUUUGUGAAACGGCAAUGGGUACUGUAAUUAACGCCCAAGAUAAUCCAAAUUUAGCAUUUGUUCAUAGUAUUCAGGAAAUGUGUCAUUUAAUCUUUUUGCGUGUUAUGUCACCGCUUCGGGUCAAUUGGAUUUAUCGUCUAACAAAAUUUUAUCAACGAGAAGUAAAUGCGCUUAAGGAACUGCGAAAUUUUAGUGAUACCAUUAUUGCCAAAAGAAAAGCAGUGUUGGAACAGAAGGGAACAUUUGACGCUGUAGAUGAAUUUGGCACUAAAAGGAAACAUUCCUUUUUAGAUGUUUUGUUACAAGCGACUGUAAACGGACGUAAAUUAACUGAUGAAGAAAUCAGAAAUGAAGUUGAUACAUUCAUGUUUGAAGGGCAUGAUACAACUGGAGUGGCUUUAAGUUUUGUUAUUUAUUUAUUAAGUAAGCACCAGGAUGUUCAAAAAAAAGUUUACGAUGAAAUCAUACAUAUUAUUGGUCCCGAUAAAACUAAAAGUGUAACAAUUGACGAAUUAAAUCAAUUAAAAUACACUGAAAUGGUGAUUAAAGAAUCUCUGCGGAUAUAUCCAUCUGUUAUGUGCUUUGGUAGAUCUUUAAGCAAAGAUGUGCCUUACAAUAAUGGCUUCAUUCCUAAAGGUGUACCAAUUGUUUUCAACGCAUACAACAUGCAUCGCAACCCUAACACUUUCCCAGAUCCAGAAAAAUUUGAUCCAGAAAGAUUUUCGUUAGAAAACUCCGCCGGGAGACAUCCGUAUGGAUAUAUUCCAUUCAGUGCCGGACCACGCAACUGUAUCGGACAAAAGUUUGCUAUGUUGGAACUCAAGUCUACCAUCAGUAAGAUUCUUCGUUUUUAUGAAGUUUUGCCAGCUAUUCCUCAUCAUGAAGUCAAUGUUAUUACUAUGUUGACGCUUCAGUCGAGUAAUGGUAUUAGACUCAGGCUAGAACAUCGAGAAAAGUCACCAACCAAAGUUUAUUUAGUACGUGUUAAUACUUGUACAUUCUACAAAAUGUAUUACGCAGUGCCUUUAGUAAUAAUUUUGUGUUUAUGGCUUCUAAAAAAAUACAUAGCCUAUCGACGAUUUACAUCCAAACUGGAUAUAUUCCCACAAUUCAAGGGAUUACCUCUCAUAGGAAAUGCACACAAAUUGAUUGAUGUAAACCAAACAGUGCAUGUUAGUUUAAAAUGGUUUAAUGAUUGUAAAACCAGUCACACUACCUACAUUGGAACAGAACCAUAUUUAAUUGUGUGUGAUCCAGAAUUGGCUGAGGUAAUUUUAAGUUCAAAUGUUUUAAUUGAUAAAAGUAUGGAAUAUAAAUUCCUGAGUGCAUGGUUUGGAGAUGGAUUAUUAACAAGUACUGGUGAAAAAUGGAAAAGCCAUCGAAAGAUAUUGACUCCAAGUUUUCAUUAUACCAUUUUGGAAGAGUUUGUGCAAACGUUCGACAAUGCUAGUAAAGUUUUAGUGCAAAAACUUGAGGAUGAAGUUACAAGAAACAAUACUUCGGUUGAAAUUUAUAAGUACCUUACUUUGUGCACAUUGGAUAUCAUUUGUGAAACUGCAAUGGGAACUGUAAUAAAUGCCCAAGACAAUCCAAAUAUGGCUUUCGUGCAGUGCAUUAAUGAAAUGUGUCAUAUUAUGUUUUUACGUUGUAUGACACCAUUGCGAUUUUACUGGCUUUAUCGCUUAAGUAAAUACCACCAAAAAGAACGAAAAGCGCUAAAAGUACUGCGUGAAUUUAGUAAUACAAUUAUUACAAAAAGAAGAAAAGUUUUAGAAACACAAGGAACUCUUGAUACUGUAGAUGAAUUUGGUACAAAGAGGAAACAUUCGUUUUUAGACGUUUUGUUGCAAGCGACUGUAAAUGGACGCAAGUUAACUGAUGAAGAAAUUAGAGAAGAAGUUGAUACAUUUAUGUUUGAAGGACAUGACACAACUGCUGCAGCCUUAGGUUUUGCAACAUAUUUGUUAAGUAAACAUCAAGAUGUUCAGCAAAAAGUCUACGAUGAAAUAGUAAAUGUCAUUGGUACAGAUAAAAACAAAAGUGUAACAAUGGAUGAACUAAAUCAAUUAAAGUACACUGAAAUGGUAAUUAAAGAAUCUCUAAGAUUAUAUCCAUCGGUAGUGGCUUUUAGCAGAACAUUGAGCAAAGAUGUGCCAUACAAAAAUGGCGUCAUUCCUAAAGGUUUGCGGGUAGCAUUCAAUGCAUAUAACAUGCAUCGUAAUCCUGACACUUUCCCCGAUCCAGAAAAAUUUGUUCCGGAGCGUUUUUUGUUAGAAAACACAAUCAAGAGACAUCCAUAUGGUUAUAUUCCAUUCAGUGCUGGACCACGUAACUGUAUCGGACAAAAAUUCGCCAUGUUGGAACUGAAGUCUACUAUAACCAAAAUGCUGCGCUAUUUUAAGAUUUUGCCAGCUAUUCCCCAACAUGACAUUAAUGUGAUUAGUAUGAUGACGAUUAAAUCAAGUAAUGGUAUACUAGUGAGAUUUCAACGUCGAGAAGACUCAGUAGCCAAUGGUCAUGAAACAACAGGUUCAACUUUAAGUUUUGCUUUAUACGAAUUAAGCAGAAAUCCAGAUAUACAAACUAAAGUUUACAAUGAAAUAAUAACUGUAGUAGGCAAUGAUAACGCACCGACUUAUAAUGAUUUAGAAAGUUUACCUUACACCUCCAUGAUGUUGAAAGAAGUCUCUAGGCUUUACCCAGGAGUGCCUUUUAUUUCACGAUACAUCACCAAAGAGAUAACUUGGAAUGGUUAUGUGUUGCCAACAGGUCUUGAAUGUUAUCUAUCAUUGCUUGAAAUACAUCGAAAUGAAGAUUAUUUUGAAGAACCAGAAAAGUUUGAUCCAGAACGCUUUAAUGAUGUAAAUGUGAAAAAAAUCCCUACUGGUGCAUACAUACCUUUUAGUAUAGCGCCUCGUGGGUGUAUAGGUCAAAAAUUCGCGCAGCUUCAGAUGAAGACCAUAUUGAUACAUUUGUUGCGACAGUAUGAAUUUCUACCAGAUUGGGAACAUGAAUUACAUCUAGUUACAAAUGUUACUUUGCAAUCUAAAAACGGCAUCAAAUUGAGGAUAAAGAAACGUUGAUAAUGAUAAUAAUUAUUAAAAAUAAUGUUACACUAUAUACCUAUAUCUAAAUAUUCUCUUAUACUAAAAACAAUAAUUAUUCUUAAUAAUAAAAAUUAAUCAAAUAAUGUAAAAUAAUUUUAAAAUAUGUUAAAUUAGAGUUCAAGAAAAAAAAACUGAUAAUUAUUU